GUUUACGUGUUAGAACCCGACAGGGGGGUCUGAGCCCCCCGAGGAAAACGAGUUUUGUGCGUGGACCUGUUUGCUCGUCGAAGCAGAGCGUCAGUGCUCACAACAUUUAAGAGCAGAUGAGAUGCGGUCGACCUGUGGCCUGAAUUUACGUGAUACUGGUUUUAAAAAUCCAUCCUUUCAGACUCGACACCAUGGAUGCGCUGUCAGAAGCAAACGGCACAUUUGCCUUGACCCUUCUGAAAAAGCUGGGUGAGGACAACUUGAAAAAUGUGCUUAUCGCACCCCUAAGCAUCUCCUCUGCCCUGACCAUGGUCCUCAUGGGGGCCAGGGGCAACACCGCAGCCCAGAUGUCCCAGGCCUUGUGCCUUUAUCUGGGUGUAGAUGUCCACAAGAGUUUCCAGAAACUUCUCUGUGAAGUUAAUAGGACCUGCACACAGUACUUGCUCAGAACCGCCACCAGGCUUUUUGGAGGGAACACUUAUGAUUUCCUCUCUUAUUUCAAAGAUGCCUGCCGCAUAUUCUACCAAGCAGAAAUGGAAGACCUGGACUUUGUCAGAGCUAUGAAGGAGUCCGUGAAGCACAUAAACACCUGGGUAGCUGAAAAGACAGAAGGUAAAAUUAGAGACUUGCUCUCUGCAAAUUCAGUUGACCCCAUGACUCGUCUGGUUCUCGUGAAUGCCAUCUACUUCAAAGGAAACUGGGCUAAACCGUUUAACAAAGAGCACACCGUGGAAAGGCCAUUCCACAUCACCAAGUGGCGGUCCAUGCCGCGGGUGUUCCGUCUUGUAUCACACAUCCCCCAGGGCAGCUUCCAGGUCUCUGGGCCUCCUAGAACUCCCGAGAUCCGGGUCAAACUCGAGACCGUGGCUAUGAAGCUCCGUGGGCUGGAUCCUAACGUCCGUCCCCAUCCCGUCAGUAGCUACCAGCACAGACGCCUUUCUCUGCAGGGCCGUCCAGAAGCCUCCUAG